ACGCACUCACUAACUGUAAGUCGCUCUGGAUAAGAGCGUCUGCUAAAUGACUAAAAAUGUACAAAUGUAAAUGAGGCAGUAAAUAACAUGUAGAGUACCUUUCCCCAUCUCCAUCCAGCUGGCAUGUCUUUAAUAUGAUUUGGUUAAUGGAAACAUUUGAGUGUGUUUUAAUAUAAACCAUGCAAUAAUGUGGCCACAUGGAUGGUUUCUGUAUGCCUAUUUAUCAGCUCAUAUGCAGAACAUUAAAGUGAGUGGGUUGUUGGAUAGCUAUUUCAAGCAGGUUGACUUGAUGCCCUUACAUAGCUGUGUAGUGUGUUAUGUCGCUCUUGGGAAGGGGUAAGGUGCCCCUGUUUUCACACCAUAUGAGGAACCAAGAGCACCUAUGUUUUGUCUGUGUAUUCUGCAGCAGUCAACAGAAGAACCUAUCCUGUAACAGAACCAUGCCCUCUGUAUGAUGCUUUCUUGACAUUGGAGAGGGCAGAGAGGGUAAAAAUCCCACCUGUUUUAGCCUACAUCUAGUUUAGUCACAGUAGCCUAUAGCCUGCUUUUUCUCUUUCAACGUGCAUGCGUUCGUGGUGGUGCUUUUUUCUUUCGUUAUAGACUAUUGGAAAUCACUGAAAUCUUGUCUAGCCAGGAUUUGCCAUAUGCUGAUGACCUUGCUUGUAAAAUGUAGCACCUCCCUCCUGUCACCCAGGGCACGAAAUAGUCAUUACUGAAUUUUACACCGCCACCGUGCAGUAUGUGCAAGCCCAGUAUUGGAUGGAGGGAAAGCAGCUCUCCCUCUGAUCUGACCAGAGGUAACGUAGUUUACUCUCCGCUGAGCAUGUGGUCUCUGAAGACAUUCUCAACAUGACCGUGAGAGAUGAGUAGGGAUUCUUCGCGGUCGGCUACCUAAAACUGAUGGAUGAUCAUCUCCGACAGAGGCAAUAGCACAGCUUUUACAUGCAGAGAUUAAAGGCUACAACAGCAUCAUUAGAAUCAUAUUAUAUAACCAUAAAACAUGACAUGAAAUACAUUGCAAUAUUUUGAUUAUUUGUCAAAGAAACAGAACACCGAGAGCGACAAACAGACCUGCUAAAGAAUGUAGCUGGGAAUCUCCGGGACUGGCACGAGGCGAGGUAAGUCCUGUUUCCCUAUUUUACCUGAACAACUUCAAAUGGUAUCUAAAAUGCACAGUGCAUGAAUUAAUACAUUUUAAAAAGUAUGUGGCCCACAUAUGUGUCUACAUUAUUUGGCAAAGUUUUCAGUAUAACAGCCUACAUACAGGGCAGGCUACUUUCUUGUAGUCCAAUAACACCUUUUGCUUUACAAUUGUAUCUGCCGUAUGAUAACAUUGUAAUAAAAAAUAAAUACAAAAGCUGUUUUCAUCCCCCCAGGCUUUAUUGUGGGAGAAACUGCUUGACACUAUACAGGCUUUGAGACUGUGUUUCUCCCACACUCCUCUGGGAACACCUCCACUGCAGUCUUCAGAGGUCUGACUAGGAAAACAUCUCUCUACAUACAGUCUAUCCAGGACUGUCACUGAACUGUUCUCCAUCACCACCAGGGAGCCAAGUUGCAGCAUGAGAACACAUCACGGCUGAGAGGUCACCACCAUGGAGACGGACAGCUACACCCCGACCCCGGUCCCCAGCGACUGGGCUGGGAUGGUGGUGAGCGUGGGGGCCCUGGAGGCGAUCUCGGGGGGGAGUGUCUCCUCCAGCACAGCCUGGUACAUGCCCUACUCCCUGGGCUUCCAGGUGUCCCUGACUGCCUUCCUUAUGCUGGAGCUGGUGCUGGGCUUCAGCAGCAACAUGACGGUACUGGUGCUCUACUACUCUCAGUCCAAACUGGUCGACUCGGUCAGCAACAUGGUCACGGUCAACCUGCAUGUGCUGGACGUGGUGUUGUGCGUGCUGUGUCUGCCUCUGACCCUGGUGGUGGUGCUGCUACCCCCAGGGCCCAACCUGGCCCUGCUCUGCUGCUUCCACGAGGCCUGUGUCACCUUUGCCUCCAUCGCUACUGCCAUCAACGUGCUGGUCAUCAGUGUGGACCGCUACGACAUCUCCGUCCGACCUGCCAACCGGUUGCUCACCCCACGGAGGGCAGGGCUGCUGCUGACUGCAGUCUGGGCCACGUCUCUGGCCGUCUUCUUCAUCCCUUUCCUGGAGGUGGAGUUUCUGACCGGAGGGGAGGAGAAUGGGAAGCACAUCCCCGCCUCUUCCUCCUCCGCCGCCUGGCAUAACCGGACGCUGCUGUGUGUGGGCGGGCAGGGCUAUCACACAAGCUUGGCCUUCUACUACCACCUCCUGCUGCAGGUGCCCAUCUUCUUUACCACGGUGGCAGUCAUGCUGUUCACAUACUCACGGAUCCUGCGGGCCUUGAACAUUCGCAUCGGCUCCCAUAUUAAGAACAGCCAAGGGGGCGCCGUAAGAGACAGAACCACCUCCCCCCCAGCCCUGUCCUCAGCCCCUCUGGUCAGCUUAGAAGGCCCUGCCACUGCUGCCCCUGUCCCCGGUCCCACUGUCCAGGCAUCUGUGUCGGCCAUCAUCGCACUGCGGCGGGCCGUGAGGCGUCACCGGGACCGGCGGAAGCGCCAGCGGCGCGUCUUCAGGAUGUCCCUCCUCAUCAUCUCCACCUUCCUGGGCUGCUGGGCUCCUCUGUCCAUGGCCAACGUGCUGAUCCUGGGCCUGGGCCCCAGCGACACCCUGGUCAGCAUGCGCCUGUGGUUCCUGGCCCUGGCCUACGGCACCACCGUCUCCCAUCCACUGCUCUAUGCCUUCACAAGGCAGAAGCUGCGGCGUGUCCUCAGGGCCAAGGUAAAGAAGCGAGUGGUGUCCCUGCUGCAGUUGGACCCCUCGCCAGGAGGGACAGUCAUACACAACUCCUGGGUGAAGCCAAGGAAGGGAUGUCAGUUACGACUGGAGGGCAGCGACGCCACUGGAUGUUGCCUGGCAGAGCCCCUGUGAAAACAGCACAGACUGAGUGUGUAUAACAAUACUAACAGCCAGACAACAUGUGUAUUCACCUGCUCAUUAUACAAGUCUGUGUGAAGGUAAUUGAACCUUCACUAAGCCCCGUCCCCUUAGUUAUUGUUGCUACCUCGGUCAAGAUUUUCCCAGGAUGCCCAAUUCCUCAUUCAAUUGGAGAAAACCCCUCACAAUGAUAUCAAACUGUGUUUUUAAUAUACAAUUAAAUUAAACAGACUACCCCUUGCUGAUUAGGAGACUCUCUGGUACGUUAUGGUGGACUACAAUCGCUUCACGGAAACCUGAUAAAAUGAAGCUUGUAGCGUGGCUAGCCACUGCCAUGACUCAGCAUGCAGUCAGCUACCACUUUUGGACAGUGGUGGAAAA